UGGUUUUGUCAGGCUCAGGAUGGGGUCUGGAAGCAGCCUGGGUAUUGCUCUGCUAUGCUGGGCCCUGGCUGAAGUGGUAUCUUACAGCCCCUGGGAUCUUUCCCCAAGGGACUCAGGGGUCUUGAGGGUCCGAGGGGACUCUUCAUGGAGAUGGCCCCAGGUGCCUUCCUUCUCCCAGCCCUCCCCGUGGGCAUGGGUGGAUGUCUCCCAGCUCCAGGCUGCUGCCCCCCUGCACCCUGUGGCUGUGCAGUGCCAGGAGGCGCAGGUGGUGCUCACGGUGCACCGGGACCUCUUUGGCACCGGGCGCCUGGUCCGGGCUGGGGACCUGACCCUGGGCACAGCUGGCUGCCCGCCCACAGCCCAAAAUGCUGCUGAGAACGUGGUGACCUUUGUGGCUGGGCUGCAUGAGUGCGGCAGCACCCUACAGAUGACCCCAGACUCCCUGAUCUACAAAACAAGCUUGUUCUACAAACCCACACCUGCUGGCAAUACGGUCAUUGUAAGAACUAGCCCAGCCGUGGUUCCUAUUGAGUGUCACUACCCCAGGAAGAGCAACGUGAGCAGUAAUGCCGUCCGGCCUACCUGGGCUCCCUUCCACUCCACGCUGUCAGGGGAAGAGAAGCUGGUGUUCUCCCUGCGCCUCAUGAGUGAUGACUGGAGCUCCGAGAGGCUCUCCAAUGGCUUCCAGCUGGGAGAAAGCCUGCACCUCCAGGCUGAUGUUGUGGCGGGGGGCCACGUGCCCCUGCGGCUCUUUGUGGAGGACUGCGUGGCGACUCUGAGUGCAGACCGGAGCUCCUUGCCCCGCUAUGCCUUGAUUGACCUCAGCGGGUGCUUGGUGGAUGGGAGAGCUGAUGACUCCACCUCAGCCUUUGUGUCCCCGCGGCCGAGGCAGGAAACACUGCAGUUUGUGGUCGAUGCUUUCAAGUUCGCAGGAGAUGACAGGAACCUGAUCUACAUCACCUGCCACCUGAAGGUCUCCCCGGCUGACCAGGCCCCAAACCCACUGAACAAGGCCUGUUCCUUCAACAAAGCCAGCAGCCUCUGGGCUCCCGUGGAGGGCACUGGGGACAUCUGCAGCUGCUGCGAGACAGGCAACUGUGCACUGUACGGAGGCUACUCCCGGAGAAAUAACCCCCUCGCCAGGUGGCCAGGGAGGCGCUUGAGGAGGGACAUCUCUUCCAGGCAAGGUGGGUCCUCAAGAGCAGAGGCUGAAGUCUCACUUGGACCACUGUUAAUCCUUGACCCAGCUCAGGGGUUACGGAGUGCCUCAGGACGGCUUGUACCAGCAGGGAAGGCACCACAGGGUGCUGCUGAAGGACUUCCUAUGCUGGUCCAAGUCAUCAUGCUUGCAGCAGCUGCUGUGCUGAGCUUAACUGCCCUUGGAAUAUUUAUCAUGUGCAGAAAGUGCAGUUGCCCUCUGGGAAUGUCAUUGUAACUCCCUGUCCCUAAUAAAAAAAAAGUUUCUGUC